AUGAAAGCCUUUCUAGGAUUAGGAGUGCUGUGCCUUUUAAUUUGCCUGACUUGGGCUGAUGAUCAACGAGUGACUGUGGAAUGUAAUCUUCUCAUGUUCCGGGUGUUUGUGAAAAAAAAUCUGUUUGGUGACGGAGUGCCUGUGAGAGCCGAAGAACUGACCCUUGGUCACGGUUGUCCAGUUAACGUGGAGAUGCGUGAUAGUUUUGAGCUAUUCUAUUCUGUGAUGGAGUGUGGAAUUGAGUUUGAGGCUUAUGAAACACACGUGAUUUAUAAAACACAACUCCAUUAUUUCUCAUUGUGUCCUGUUUUGGGUCGUAAUUCAUGUGACUUCCCCUUGUCCUGUCAGGUGUACAGGACAAUAGGUCCAGUGCAACCACCUAAUGUUUCUCAGAAGUCAUACAAAGACAAAAAACGUCCUGUGAGAAUGCAGGCUAGUGUUGUUAGCUCUACCCACUGGUCUCCAGAACUCUAUCAAGCACUGGGGAAAACAAAGGAUCAAAGCUCUUCAGAAGAGAUUGAGUCUUGGAACUGGGUCUCCUUCCCCAUCUUGACUCUGAGCUGUGUAGUUAGCACAAUAUCUCCAUGACAAAGAAGGUGGCAAU